UUUGGCAGUAGCGCCCCCUUUAUCCGUUGAUAGAUUCACGAAUCGCCAUGUUUGCUGUUUACCUCUAUACUAGCGUUGAUAACUUGCACUCAGGCUGAACUUUUCACGAGAUAUAUUUCCUCACUUAGCUAAAACAAACGAAGGGAAAAAAUACUUGGGCGAAAAAAAAGUGAUCGUCAUCGGCAUUAAAAGUGUCAAAUUUCGAUUGUCAUAAUGAUCUUACGAGUGAACAGCACACGUUUUUUCUCAAAAAAUCACAAUUCUGUCCUUGACAUGAUAAUAUAGUCGAAAAUAUAAACGAAAAAAAAGUUAGUGCUCCGCAUCGCAACGAGUUGGCAAAUUCCGUCUCAGAUAAGUUUAAUGGAACGUCAAUAGUUUUGUCAUCGAGAACCUGCAGUAGGUAUUUCUCUUGGGGAAGAUAAUAAAUAACCGUUCAUCAGAAAUGGAACCGACCUCGGCAAAUGGGAGCGGCGAUGGAAACGACAACAAGGGCAGCUGCCUGCUUCUACGCUACGCGAGUCAAAAUUCGCUCGACGAAAGCUCGCAAAAACACAUUCCGAGGGAGAAUGGAAAGGAUAAACCACCCUAUCGAAAUCAUCAUCAUACCAAUCGAGCCUUCGAUGUCAUGAAUUCUAUGAGAAAGCAAAACCUGCUGUGCGAUGUGACCUUGGUAGCGGAUGGCGGGGUCGAGGUGCCCGCCCACAAAAUGGUGUUGGCAGCCUGCAGUCCUUAUUUCUACGCGAUGUUUACGAGCUUCGAAGAACGAGAACGAGAACGAAUCACUCUUCAGGGUGUGGACCACGCCGCGCUUGACCUUCUAGUCGAUUACGUUUACUCCGCCGAGGUUCACGUGACCGAGGAUAACGUGCAGGUACUUCUGCCGGCCGCCAAUCUUCUCCAGCUGAACGACGUGAGGGAUGCGUGCUGCGAUUUUCUUCAGGCUCAACUUCAUCCGUCCAAUUGUCUCGGUAUACGGGCUUUCGCCGAUCUUCACGGUUGCAUGGAACUUCUGGCUCACGCCGACAGCUACGUCGAACAGCAUUUUUCAGAGGUCGUCGAGGGCGAAGAGUUCCUCACUCUGACACCGCAGCAAGUAGCGAAAUUGAUAUGUAGCGAUCGGCUGACCGUGCCGUCCGAAGAGAAAGUAUUCGAAUGCGUGAUAUCCUGGGUGCACAGUGACUUGGAGAGGAGGCAAGACCACCUCGCUCAGCUAAUGGAGCACGUGCGACUACCGUUGUUGUCGCAAGAGUACCUGGUGCAGAGAGUAGAGCAGGAGCCGCUGUUGAAAGCCAAUUUGCAAUGCAAGGACUUCCUUAUCGAAGCGCUCAAGUACCAUCUGCUCAAGGGCGAACAGAAAACAUUGUUCAAAACCGCGAGAACGAAACCGAGACAACCGGUCGGACUUCCGAAGGUACUCUUGGUCGUCGGUGGACAAGCACCGAAAGCCAUCAGGAGCGUGGAAUGUUACGAUUUCAAGGAGGAACGAUGGUACCAAGUUUCCGAGCUACCCACUCGCCGAUGCAGAGCCGGACUCUCCGUUCUCAGCGGCAGAGUAUACGCCGUUGGCGGUUUCAACGGUUCGCUGAGGGUGCGAACGGUCGACGUGUACGACGCGGCUGCUGACCAAUGGUCGGCCUGUCCGGGUAUGGAAGCGCGACGUUCGACCCUAGGCGUAGCGGUGCUAGGCAAUUGCAUCUACGCGGUCGGUGGUUUCGACGGAUCCUCGGGACUGAACUCUGCCGAAGUUUACGAUCCGAGGACUCACGAGUGGAGGAUGAUCGCCCCGAUGUCCACCAGGCGAAGCAGUGUCGGGGUCGGCGUCGUCAAGGGUCUCUUGUACGCGGUUGGCGGGUACGACGGUGUUUCUCGACAGUGUCUAUCCAGCGUCGAAUGUUAUAAUCCGGAAACAGACCAGUGGAAGGCUGUGCCAGAAAUGUCUGCACGCCGAAGCGGUGCUGGCGUAGGAGUCCUCGAGGGUAUCCUCUACGCCGUCGGGGGUCACGACGGACCCUUGGUCCGAAAAAGCGUCGAAGCUUUCAACCCCGAGACGAAUCAAUGGACCCCCGUCAGCGACAUGGCGCUUUGCAGAAGGAAUGCCGGCGUCGUCGCUCUGAACGGACUUUUGUACGUCGUGGGCGGGGACGACGGAACGUCGAAUCUCUCGUCGGUCGAGGUGUACGCGCCGCGAACGGACACGUGGGUGACACUGCCAGCUUGUAUGGGAAUCGGUCGUAGCUACGCCGGAGUCGCUAUAAUCGACAAGCCGUUAACGGGUACGUUGACGAUGUGA